AUGGAUGCAGUACCGGAAUACAAAAACAAGAGAAGUAUGCUUAAUGUCAUCGGCCCGCAGCUCAACGAUAAAAUAAUGGAGUUUUUAAUGGAUGAGGGUGUUGCUUUCCAAGAGGAUUACCAAACUAAUGGCAAGUGGAAUCCUCGUAACCAUGAGAGGUCUGCGCUGAGGCGACGACGGGAGCAUUUGAGCGUUGCGAAGAAGUUGCUCGAUUAUAAUAUAGACAAACAACCUACGACAUCAGGCGAGGCAUUCAAUUUCGCUGAGUCCAUAAAAAAUGAGCUGCAGAGAAUGCUGUUGCCUGCAUUAAUUAAGGUCAGAACGAGUCUGAACAAAUUUAGAUGGCAAUUUGUUCAUAACAAGAUCGAGACCUUAUUAAUGCAGGCAACGGCGUUCUCUGUAGCUCAUAUUUCUGAUCGACUCAGCGAAAUUGAAUGCCUCGCCUAA